ACCACAGCACUGGGUAGAGCAGCUGCCAGCUCUUACCGUUUCCCACAUUGUGACUUUCAUCACCCCCACAAGAGCUGGGGCCCUGGUCCCCUUUUUUUUUCUUGCAUCGUAGUUUUGACUCACCGUGCGGCAGCGACAGUCGGCGCUGGCUUCCCCAAAAUAUUUAACAAUCUGCCCCGCCUCUGUCCGUUGUGUGUUAUCUCCAACUUUCCUCUUCCACCAGCACACAUACCACCACCAUCACCAAUUGAUUCUCCCACAGCGCCAUUUCUGCCGCAGAAUCUCUGACAAUGUCCAAAGGCCGCGUCUGUCUCGCCUACUCUGGAGGUAUGUGCUUUAACUUGUGUGUGCUUGGGCCGAUUUGCAGCAGCACCAAGCUCAUCCCGCCGCGCCCGCAUCGACGGCCCCCAACCUCACCGACAUUUUGGCGGCUGCAGCCCCCCCGGCCUGCGCAGCCCGCUUCGACGUAUCCCGAGAUAACACACAGUCAAUUUGACUCAAGGAACUAAUUGGAACCCCUGCGCAGGCCUCGACACCUCCACCAUCCUGAAAUGGCUCAUCCUCGAGGGCUACCAGGUCGUGUGCUUCCUCGCCAACGUCGGCCAGGUCGAGGACUGGGCCGAGGUUGAGAAGAAGGCUCUCGCCCUUGGUGCCGAGAAGAUGGUCAUUGAGGACCUCCAGCGCGAGUUCGUCGAGGAGAUUGUCUUCCGCGCCAUCCAGUGCAACGCCGUCUACGAGGACCGCUACCUGCUCGGCACCGCCCUGGCCCGCCCCAUCAUCGCCCGCGCCCAGGUCCGAGCCGCCGAGCAGUACAAGUGCGACUUUGUGAGCCACGGCUGCACUGGCAAGGGCAACGACCAGGUUCGCUUCGAGCUCGCCUUCAAGGCUUGCAACCCCUCUCUCAAGGUCAUCGCCCCUUGGAGGCUACCCGAGUUUUUCGAGCGUUUCGAGGGCCGCCAGGCGCUCCUCAAGUUUGCUGCCGAAAACAACAUCCCCGUCUCCUCCACUCCCAAGGCGCCUUGGAGCCAGGACGAGAACCUGGUGCACUGCUCGUACGAGGCGGGCAUCCUCGAGGACCCCGACCACACGCCCCCCAAGGAGCUGUGGACCCAGACCGUCGACCCGCUCGACGCCCCCAACACGCCCCUCGACUUUGAGAUUCACUUUGAGAAGGGCAUCCCCGUCAAGGUGGUCACCCCGGACACGACGGCGACCGACUCGGUCGAGCUGUUCAAGCUGCUCAACAAGAUUGGCCACGACCACGGCGUCGGCCGCAUCGACAUUGUUGAGAGCCGAUUCGUCAACCUCAAGAGCCGAGGCUGCUACGACACCCCCGGCCUGACCAUUGCCCGCCUCGCCCACAUCGACCUCGAGGGCCUCGUCAUGGACUCCAAGGUGCGCAAGAUCCGCGACCAGUUCUGCACGUUCGAGUGGUCGCACGCCCUGUACAACGGCAUGUACUUUAGCCCGGAGCGCGAGUUCAUCGACAACUCGAUCAUCUUCUCGCAGCGCGGCGUCACGGGCAAGGUGCGCAUGAGGGCCUACAAGGGCAAUGCCUACGUGCUGGGCCGCUCCAGCGAGGUCAGCACGCUGUAUUCGCAGCAGGACGCGUCCAUGGACAGCCUCGAGGGCUUUUCGCCCAUUGACACGACGGGCUUCAUCGCCAUCCAGAAUAUUCGCAUCGGCAAGUACGGCAUGCAGAAGAUUCGGGACGGCGAGCCCCUCAGCAAGUAGAUGUUGUAACAGUAGAGUGAGUGGUGGUGGUGGGCGGCGUUGGCAAAAAUGGAUGGAUCAUGCGGCGUUGAUAAUGGGAAAAGGCUUUCGGACACCAUGAACGGUCGGAGGGCUCGGCACUGGGGGUUAGGUCAAGACUGUUGAUACCAUACCCAAGAAAUGCCACUUGCAGUCGGCCUCGACCAUCUCACAUGGGCUUCCAAAGUGACUGUUUCGGGAGUGGACUGUGACGUCAAGCCAUGCACGAUAUGGCAGCUCACCUCACCACGUUGGCGAGCAUGAACUGCCG